CGCCACCGGCCCGAUAGGAUCUACUUAACGUGUGUGUAGGUGCAGAGCGCAACAGUCAUCGGUAUAUACGUAUACGUAAAAUAGUGACGGUUUGUUAGUUAGUGACUGGAGAUGUUGCAAUAAAAAUAAACUAAAAUUUUAGUUAUAACUAUGCAGGCCAAAGUUGAUCCUCUGGCGUCCCCAUACGUUAAUUUAAACAAAUUUCAAGGAGAUGAAGGCAAGAUCCUGGACGUGGACGCGGGCCACGGCCUGGUGCUGCAGCAGCAGUGGGUGACGAUGACGGCGAGCAUGUGGCCCGAGCCGACCGCAUCGACGCGCGGGGGCGGCUGGAAAUUGGCGGUGGGAGACCGUCUGCCGGUGCUGGCGGCGGUGUUCUGCGGCGCCGCGCUCGUCGUCUGCCUGCUGUGCGCCUUCGUGCUCUACAGGUGCUGCGUGAUGCCGCGCAGAGAGAAGCACUACUGCCUUCGCAAGGUAGAUGGCGCCACAGCUGGGACGCAAGUACCCACUAACGUGGUAUCUCCGGCGUAUCCGACCCAAGCAGCUGUUUUUGCGGAACAUAAGGGUACUUCAUGGGGUUAUAGCAAUAGAUUGGUAGCCCCUGCCCCUGUAAGUCCCUGGUACGUGAACAACGUUAUAGGGGGCCCCCAGUGCACUCAAUGCCCUGGAGUCUGCCCUGUACCCAGAAGCACGAGCAAUCCUGGAUCAAGCACUCAUAUUCAAGCCAGUACUCCAGUUAAGACUAAUACCAACAUAAGAAAACCAAGACCGGUUAGCCAGCCUAUACCUACAUAUUUGAUAAAUAGUGGCGAAAGCGUUCCCAAAGGACAUCUUCCAGAAAUAUCAGAGUUUUCCCCACAGAGUGCACAAUAUGCUUCUAGUAGUAUUCUUGAUGAAGUAGGAUCUAAAGAUGAAGAUUCCAUGGCAGAAGCAGUUCUAAAAACAAGAAGUCUUCCAGCCUGGGUGAGAAAUAAACCACGCCCUCUAUCCACUGAAGAUGAUUUAAACGACCUGUACGCCAAGGUAAACUUCAGUAAAAAACGAAAAAAUCGCAUGAGAAACGAUGAAGCGGCAAUAAUCGCUUUGAGCAAAUCACGGAGUCAAUUUCUUCACAAAGACACGGAUUCCCUAGUGGAUAACGAAGCUGUAAUUGUCUACGAUGAACGUACAGCCCUUUAGACUUAUUAAUUAAUAUUUUUUUGAUAUGUUUUUACACUAAAUCAGUAUUGAAAUUUCGGCAGAAACGAUCUAUCAAUGUAUUAACAUAUCGGUCAAACUAAAGACUCUACUGACAAAUAAGUUUUGUAGGUAUUAAGAAGUAUAUUUUCUGUGAUAAAUCCAAAUAUGGUAGAAAAGAAUUGGUAGGGUUUUUCUAACUUUUUAAGACUGGUAUUAAAUAAUUAUACUUAAUGUUAUUGUAGAGAACAUGGUCAAUAUUCUUAAUUAUUCCAUAUAUUUGGUGACCAUAUGCUAUAUAGUAAUAUUUAAAUAGUGAAUCACUAGAAAAUGUAUUGGCACAGUAAUAGUGACUUUUUAUAACAAUGUAAUGAAGAAUUUAAUAAAUGCACUUAAGAA